AUGGACAACAAUAGCUUUGAAGGCUUUGCUAAUACAACACUGUACUCCUGCACCAUAUUGAGGAACCAGGCAUUUCGGUUUGUCCUGUACGGAUUUUUCUUUGUUGGCAUCAUCUGCACUGUGGUGGGCAACUUUCUGGUGGUCUUGUCGAUUUCCUACUUUAAACAGCUGCAGUCCCCCACAAACUCCUUCGUCAUGUCCCUAGCUGUAGCCGACUGCCUUGUGGGUCUGGUCGUAAUGCCUUACAGUAUGAUCCGGACAGUGGAAGGGUGCUGGUACUUUGGCUACCUCUUUUGUCAGCUUCACUCCAGCCUAGAUGUCAUGCUCUGUACUGCUUCCAUAUUCCAUCUGAGUUGCAUCGCCUUUGACCGCUACUAUGCUGUCUGCAACCCAUUAGUUUAUUCUUUAAAAAUGUCCCAAGGUCGAGUUGCUUUCCUCAUUGUCAUCAGUUGGGCUGUUCCCAUGCUUAUUUCCUUUGGUCCCAUAAUGCUCGACCUCCAUAUUGUUGGUGUUGACAUCGUGCUUCCUCAUGAUGUAUGUGUUUUCUUAGUCAAUCGCAUUUACGCUGUCAUGGCUUCCUUGAUAGCUUUCUACUUCCCCAUGGCUAUCAUGCUGGUCGCCUACUGGAAGAUAUUCAAAGCAGCCAGACGGCAGGCAAAGCAGAUCAGCGCCAUGGAAACCCAGAUGGCCGCUGGCGUGGGAAAAGAUUCAAGCAAAAAGAAAAAGCACCGCAACACCGUGAAGAGAGAGCGAAAGGCUGCAAAAACGUUGGGCAUCAUCAUGGGAGUCUUUCUCAUCUUCUGGAUGCCAUUUUUUACUCUCAAUAUUGUGGACCCAUUUAUUGAUUACAGCACAGAAGUGAUCAUCUGGGACAUCUUUUUAUGGCUGGGAUAUAUCAACUCUUCACUAAAUCCUUUCUUGUAUGUUUUUUUUAAUCGCUCCUUUCGUAAGGCAUUCUUCAUGUUCAUGGGUUGUAGGGUAUGUCGACCUGGAAUCUCCCCGGGGAUGGAACUAUCACACACCCGGAAAGAUGCAAACGAUUGUGCCAAUAAAUAA